UGAGCCAAGGGGGUGCGGCAUACUUUCCCAGCUCCCAGUGUGGCUGCUGUGGAUUCUGAUCUGCCUCGCACACGACUUGCGAACUCUGUCCUCCCAUAAGUGUCUGACAGAGCAACAGGGUUCCAAGGGCCACUGCUGGGCAGAGGACAGUUCCAUCUUCCUAGCAAAGCACUCUACUGGGAAGUACCUUUCCUUUAGACUCUGGACACUGGGAUACUCAACUUCAAGAACGUCUCAUGGAUCCAGAGGUCUUAGAGAUCUGUCCUUACAAUCCUCACCACCGAAUUCCACUCAGCAGACUCCAGUACCACCUGGCAUCGUGCAAGAGAAAGAAUCCCAAGCAAGCUAAAAAGAUGGCCAGCUGCAAAUACAAUGCCUGCCAUGUAGUGCCCAUCAAGAAGCUGCAGGAGCACGAGGCCGCCUGUGUCAACAGAAGCCCAGUGGAGGAGGAGGGCAGCACAAGCCCCAUGGAGGCUACCCUUCCAAGCUUGGAGCAGAGGGCUGAAGCCCCGCCGGCCUCGCUCUCCCUUCCUACCUCUGAUAUCUGGAAUGUUGAUGACGCUGAUAGCCACCCUAAGUUUGUCCUUAAGACUUUCGUUCCCCAAAAGCUUGUUUGUGAAAGUGACGCAGGAGAAUCGGAGAGAGAGGAGACCACCCCCUAGAAGAUCUUCAGACCAGGGAUGAGGGUCUCACAAAGGCACG